GAGCCCCAGAUUGGGGGGUGAUGAUGGGGGUCAGAGGGAGAAAAAGCCCCCGGAUGAGGCCGGAGCAGACAGACGAGAGGCGUACAACAUGUCCCGUCUGCGCAGCUCUUCUCUGGAGAUCAAGGAGAAAGGCACAGAGUUCCUCCGAGAGCAGCUGGAUGCAGCACAGAAGGAGCUGAAGCUGAAGGAUGAAGAGUGUGAAAGACUGUCUCAUGUCAGGAAUCAACUGGAGCUGGAGCUGGAGGAACUGACUGCCAGUCUGUUUGAGGAGGCUCAUAAGAUGGUUCGAGAGGCCAACGUGAAGCAGGCAGCGGCUGAGAAACAGCUGAAGGAGGCGCAGGGAAAGAUCGACGUCCUGCAGGCGGAGGUCAGUGCUUUGAAGACCCUGGUGUUAACCUCUACACCCUCAUCCCCGAACCGCCAGCUCCACCCGCAGCUGCUGUCGCCGGGCUCCAGUCGGGCCUCAUCUCGACCCUUUGGACACACGCGCAACAAGAGCGCCAGCGGAGCCCUGCAGACGGAGCCCGCAAACCCUGAGAAAGACCCAGACCACCACGACAGAGAGCUGGACUCAGUGCUGUUUGCAGAGUUUCUGUCCUGGAAGGAGUGUCCGAAUCUGGAGCGAUCGUCUGCAUUCAUCAGUCGUGUCUACAGAGAGGACAUCGGGCCCUGUCUGUCCUUCACCUCCGCUGAGCUCUCUCAGUCGGUCCAGCGCUGUGUGGAGAAUAACUCUCUGACCAUUGAGCCCGUCAUCACAUCCUCCCUGCCCACUGACAAAAACAUCCUUCAAGGAGGAACAAAUAAGUGUGCGCUGAGUGGAUUGUCCCGCCCCUGCAGACACCGCAUUAAACUGGGAGAUAAAGAGAAUUAUUAUUAUAUUUCUCCAUCCAGCAGAGCUCGAAUCACUGCUGUGUGUAAUUUUUUCACGUACAUCAGGUACAUCCAGCAAGGCCUCGUCAGGCAGGAGGUUCAGCAGAUGUUCUGGGAAGUGAUGCGUCUGCGGAGAGAGAUGAGUGUGGCUAAACUUGGCUUUUUCCACAGCGAGCAGAGCUAAAACGCACACCACCAUCAUCAUCACACACUCCCAUGAUGCUGUGCUAAGAGUUAGCCUAAUAUUUUAUCCGUAAAUGAGCAGUUUUCCGUAUUUUGUGUAUAUUUAAUAUUUCCAUAUUAAAUAUUACAACACUUGAACCCUCAUAUUCAUAAUAUUUGUCCUCCAGUUUUUAAGAAAUUCUGGAAAAAUAAAAUCAUUGUGUUGUAUAUUUAGCGAAUAUUACAAAACCAAAAUAAAAAAAGUUCAUCAAGCAUUUUAAUAACAACAUAUAAACGUUUAAUAGUAUCAGAUCUGGAAUUAGAAUGCAAUAUUACACAAUAAAAAAAAAAACUAGACACUACGCUGCUUUCUGUCCCAGCAUGCUUUGUGCCUCAGUUAAAGGUUUACAAUCUUCUCCAUGCAAGCCUCAAUUAAAGAGGCUCGGUCUGUUACUGACGUCACGUAUAAUAUGGAUGAUCAUAUAAUCUAUCAGAGGCACAAUUGAUGGGGUUGUCCCAUGAUGCAUUUCACUUGUAUACAGUAGAUAAUAGCUAUUGCAUGAUUGACAGUCGCUGUCUGACAGCACAGAUACAGUGUUUACAGAAGAUCUGGGCUGCGAUGGAUAUUUUAUAUGAGGUCUACACUCAACUCCAUCACUUUAGUGCCAUUUAUCGCAAGUUAAAACGCCUCGUUGUGUUUAAAACAAGCUUCUUAUGUGUUUUCAGCCUAUUAAAAGCAUGUUCAGAAUA